AUGGAAGGAAGAACAAGUGUCGCAAACAAUUCGUCGACUACCUCUGCAGUUAAAGUUCCUACAACUUAUGUCUCAUCAUUCUCAAAACCCUUACGACCUCCUAUAAUACCAAAGCAACUUCCUCAUACAAUUGCAAACAAAUUGUUGGACAAUUCAAGACAAUCUACUCAAGAAAAUACCAUACAAACAAACGAAACAACAGAUACAGUUGUACCAGACACAACAGGACAAGUUUUACAGUCUUCUCCAAUUGCAAACCAAUUGUCCAACAAUUCAAGACAAUCUACUCAAGAAAAUACCAUACAAACAAACGAAACAACAGAGGAACAACCAAGCGCGUCAUCGAUGACGACAAGGUCCCAGAUGAGAUACCUCGCGUUCGCGAAGCAAUUUCAAUCAGGAGAUACAGAAAAUACAGAAGAAAACACUACCAUAUCUGAACGUGUUCGCAGGCAAUAUGCUAAAAAAGACUUCAACUCCUUGAAAAACUCAAAAACCAAUGGGAAAUUCAAGACGACACCGAUUAUUCGGAAGUGUUUCAGUCUGUUAUGGAUAGUUUGCAACCAGUUGAAAAUGAAGUUAAAGACCCAUGU